AUGAGCCUGUGGAACGCUACCCUAGAUGCUCGCGACUUUGGAAACAUUUGCUCCUCUUCUUCGUCCAGUUCGGAAUACUCCGUCUCAGAGGACUGUCUGAAACUUAACAUUUGGAGCGCCGCAAAGAGCACUGAUGCGAAGCUUCCCGUAGUCACGUGGAGCUAUCCCGCAUACUCAACUGUCGCAGACGCGCUUUUUGACGGCGGUGGUAUGGCAGACGAGGGUGUGGUUUACGUGAACUAUAAUUAUCGGACCGGCUCUCGGCUGGUUGGCCCACCCAGAGUUAUCUGA